AACAAAGAAUCCUAAGUUAAAAUAUCAAAAGUUUUCAGCACUUUCUGUUGUCGAAAUCCCUACAUUUCCCUGGAUUUUCUUCGUCAAUGGACGACCAGUUUUUCCUGAAUGCAGCGAUCCCUCCACUCUCACCGCCAUUGCUCUUUGAACCAAUCUCAGCUUGGUACUCCAUCUCUUCUUCCAUGGAAUUCACGACACUGAGCUGAAUUGCUUCCGAGAUUGUUUCCUCGAUCCAUGCCGGGAAAUAUCAACGGAUUACGGUUUACAGUUCGACUCAGAACUGAGUUCAAUGACGUCUUCUCCCGCAACAUUAAAUUCCCAUAUCUCGAAAUCGAAUUCUCCAUCACGGGAUAUGUCGGAGCUGACCAGUUUUCGCGAGGAAUCCGCCGUUUCAAGGAAAAGAAAGGAGGUAUCCGAAGCCAAAAUGAAGGAAACUCCGGCAACCCAGAAACGAUGCAAGUCAACGGAAAGCAACGACAACAAUAUCAAGAAGCAUCCUGAACCUCCAAAGGACUAUAUUCAUGUUAGAGCAAGAAGGGGUGAAGCCACUGACAGCCAUAGUUUAGCUGAAAGAGUUCGCAGAGAGAAAAUCAGUGCGAGAAUGAAGAUUCUGCAAAAUCUGGUCCCUGGUUGCAGUAAGAUCAUCGGGAAAGCACUGGUGCUGGACGAAAUUAUAAACUACAUUCAAUCAUUGCAGAGUCAAGUUGAGUUGCUCUCUAUGAAACUAGCUUCAGUGAGCACCGGGAUGGAUUCUAACGACAUUUUUCAAUAAAGCAACACUUCGGCACGUCCAAUAGAUUCUUCGGCAUCAGCCUUUUCUGGGCAGCAAAACACUGAACUACAUGGAAAUGUUUGUAAUGAUGGACAAUGGUCCUGGUUUGAAGACAGUAUUUCGUGUUGAUCGCAAUUUCAAAGCACGUAACAGCUCGUUGAUUAUUGAUGUGUA